CAGGGGGAGGAGGAAGAGGGGGAAGAGGAGGGGGAGGAGCAGGGGGAGGGGGAAGAGGAGGGGGAGGGGGAGGAGGAGGAGGAGCAGUGAGGAGCAGUGAUCCAAGGUGUUACUGAAGACCAAACCUUCAUCUCAGGGGCGGUUCUAGGGGGGGGGGGGCAGCAGAGGCCAGUGCCCCCGUAAAACUGAGCUUGUACCCCCCCCCUCGAAAUGUUUUUUUCUUUUUACGUCGGGGAUCAAUUGCUUGAGAUGGUGUGGCACUGACGCACAGGUUGGAACUUGAGAUUUAUAACAUAUCAUACUGACUUUACUGCUGUUGGGGAUGUAUGAUACUGAGUGGUUUGAUGUCAGUGAAGGAAACCCAAAAUGUUGUAAUAUUGACAAUUGCUUUAGCCAAUGAAACAUUUCAAAUGUAUAAUAUUGACAAUUGCUGUAACUGAAGGAGAUACUUAAAUGCUAAUAAAUAGAUAAUAAAUGCUGUAACGGGAAAAAGCCAAUUAUUGUAUAUUGUGUUUUUUAAUGCCGUUACUUAGUACUAAACUAAAAACAUGGUGUAGCAAUACAAAACGGUGUAGCAAUACAAAACAGUGUAGCAUUACUACAAAACAACUGGCCCCAGUCUGGCCCCCCAAUGAAAAUUGGUCUAGAACCGCCCCUGCUUCCCCUAGAACACGCAGACCUGGGACGAUGCUGCAUUGAAGGCCCAUGGAGGACCACCAGCUGUUCUUACAGAGAUGCGUGAUCUCAUGUCAAUGAGGAGAACAUGGGACAAUGCACUUGAUCCGCCUGUUAUCUAAAUCCCAAAGUAGACCUUCACUGUAGUUCAGUGUUAGCUGAUGCUGUCUUUACUGCCUGUUAGUGACUGUUGGCAGAUGUUUCUUUUCCAAACGGCUGUAAAAUAUGUCCCUUUGAAUAUACUGCCUUAAUUUGAGAAAUGUGUUUUGCAAUAAGCUGUUAGUUUCCCCUCUGACUGGUUUCACAUUAAACGGUGUAGCAACACGAGUCAUUCAUUUCCAUUCAAACUCCUUUUAACUGCCUCUAUCAACAUGCAAACUCGUCCAAUCAGCGGGUUAAAACCGCCGGAGCUCUUGACUCCUCCCCCUGUACACCUUGAUGCGUCACCUUCCAUCUACCUGAGGAGGUCAGGUAAAGUCUGCAGCGCAACGGAGGAACCGGAGACUCUUCUCUGAACCCGUUGUCCGCGAUGGCCGAGUCCCAGGUGGUGUGUCUGGACGAAGACCACGUCAACGAGAAGGUCCCGGAGACCAGACCCGAGUUCUAUUACAGCGAGGAGCAGCGCGCGGCCAUCGAGCAGCUCGUGAGGAACGGGGACGGCGCGUUCAAGAUGCGCCUGAAGGAGGACAACGUGAAGGACUUCUUAUCCGCGCAGGAGGUCCAGAGUCUCAGGAACACCUUCGACGCGUACACCUCGGACAGCGACUCGGAGUCGGAGGGCGAGAAGUCCAAGGCGUCGAGCGCCGACUCGGGGGUGCACUCCACCUACUGGCCCGAGAUGUCGGACACGGAGAUCCCCCCGCUGGACGCGGGCUGGGUCCCGGGGAACGGGGUGUACCGGGGGGCCUCCCGGGUGGUGAUGUACUCCCACCCGCCAAAGGAGAACGGGCCGCACAUCAAGCAGGUGGUCCGGAAGCUUAUCCAGGAGUCCCACAAGGUGGUUGCCAUAGUGAUGGACCGUCUGACAGACCUGCAGAUUCUGCAGGACCUGCUGGACGCGCUGUCCCGGCGGGGGGUGGCGGUCUACGCCGUGCUGGAGGCCGCGGGCGUGGCCCACUUCCUGGACAUGUGCGGCCGCCUGCAGAUCAACGCUGCGCAGAUACGGAACCUCCGUGUGCGGUCGGUGAAGGGGGCGGGGCUUGCCCUCUCCUUCGGUAAGCUCCCGGGGUCUCUGAGCUCCAAGUACAUGCUGGUGGACGGCGAGAAGGUCAUGUUCGGCUCCUACAGCUUCACCUGGAGCUCCUCGCGGCUGGACCGCAACACCAUCACCGUGAUGACGGGCCACGUGGUCGACUUCUUCGACAAUGACUUCCGGGAGAUGUACGCGGCGUCCGAGGAGGUGGACCUCUUCAAGGAGUUCAGCAUCACGCGGCCGCCCCCCACGCCGCUGCUGAAGCCCUUGGUCAAGGCCAAAGCCCCGGCCCUCAGCGUCUCCAUCUCCCGCUUCCAGGUGUCCCUGAAGGAGCAGAGCCAGAACAACGUCAAGGUGCCCGCGCACAAGUACCACAACCCCAAGUACUCCCUGGUGGUGGGCAACAGCCUGAGCCGCACCUGCUCUCUGCAGGACAUCUCCUCGCCCCCCAGCCCCCCGCCCGCCUCCGCCCAGAACGGCUUCCUCAACAAGCUCCGGCACGCCAUCGGGGACAGCACCGAGAAGGUCAACGGGGGGCCCCCCCACCUGAGCCCCGCCGCCGCCCCCAAACCGCCCUCGCCGCCGCGGCCCGGGAGCGAGGAGGAAGGGGACGGGAAGGGAGGCUCCAAGAAGACUCUGUCGCCCGGGGCCAAGAAACCGCUGCACUCCUUCAGGGGCUUCCUGAAGGGCCGGGGGAUCAACCAGAUCUCAGAGGACCUCGACGAGGGCGUGGUCACGCCGCCGACGCCCUCCCCCGCCCCGGCCCCCGUCAGCCGGAGCCCGGCGGCGGCCAGCCCGGCGGCGGCCAGCCCGGCGGCCCGCCCUAGCGCCGUCGCCAGGGAGACGGAGGACUCGUUCGACCCCCUGGAGAAGCCCCCCGUGGUGAAGUUCAAGAGCAAGAAGCCGUCCAAGCUGCCCCAGAGGAGCAUGUCCCUGAUGACCAUCAACACGGCGGAGGACGACCCCGACGGCUACAAAGGCCGGAAGCGAUCCCAGAAGAAGAAUUGCAUUCAAUCCUGAGGAUGCAAUGACCCCGUAUAGGAGUGUUUGAUCUGCAGUGCGGAUAAAGUGUAGGGCCGUCUUAGGGCUGCCAUCGAGGUCCCCCCUGUACUCUGGAGGAGCUGGGUCCCAUGUCUCAAUUUAACAACCUGUGCAGUGUGUGUGGAGGAUGUUUCAGCAGCCUCACCUGGCCCGAGUCAGUCUGAUUGGCCUCUGGGGCUGAGUGAGGCUGCACACCUGGUGUGCUUUGAGCAAUCGGGGUGCACAGGUAGAACCGGCCAUCCUCCACACGCCCUCCACAUCAACAUGCAUGUUUAGUCCCCGGCCCGGCAGUAAUCAGCCAUGCUGCUGGAUCGGACCACAUGGUGUUGCUUGGUUUGGCCGAUGUUACCCACAAGUCCCUGGCUUUGAAUCCUUGUUUCCUUGACUGAUGCCCUACCCCACUACCCCUUAGUCCUAGUCUGCAUCAGAAUACUCAUACUUGACUGCUAUGUAGUAGGCAUUGUGUAGUACGUCACAAAUAUAGCGCGUCCGAAUGCUCAGUACGCAUUGUGUAGUAGGCGAAAAAGUUUCCGAAUGAAUACUACCACCACAGUAUACAACGGUAGGUCACUACGCUAUCCCACAAUUCAGCCAGAUUCCGGUACCCGAAGAAGAAGUUAUCGCAGGUGACUUUAAUUUUGCCGGCAUCUGAUGUGCAGCGCACAGAGGGGAAAUAGGUCAUCUCAAAACAUCCAGUGGCGUUUCGGUGGUGUUCGGAAGCGUUCAGAGACGUUCUACGCAUAGCUGUAGAACGUACUACAUUAAUGGUCAAGUAGUAGACACUGCACAGAAAUAGUAUAUACUUAGUAUUCGGAUGCACCCCUAGCCUCGUGAAUGCACCCCGGUCUGAGUUCAUGUUAUGUUUCUCACAUCUGUCUGGCCUCAGGCCUGUUCAUAAAUCAAUGACAGGACCAAUCAACACUCAAGGGCUGGAGCCUCAAUUUAGGAGGAAUUUUUACAAGAGCGGCACGCUGAUUGGCGGAAUGGUUUUUUAAACCACGUAUGGGCAUGAAAUCGAUUUCUGCCAGGUGUAUCCCACUUAGAACUUCUUUCUCUGGAUCGUCCCUCAAGACUUCCCCAACUCAGAGGCUCCCUGGUACUCAACGGUGCAGCCAGUGCCAAACAGACCUAUUAAAGAACAGUCCUAUUAAAGAACAGUCCUACCAGUGAACACUCCUAUUAAAGAUCAUUUCAUGAGCUGCUGAAGGACAGCAGGUCACAGAUAACCCUUUCAGACUGACACCGCCGCUCCAGGUUAUGAUGCAAUAUUUUUUUUUUUUUAUAGACGUGCUAGUAGUUUUGUAUAAUUGAUCCGGAUUGCUUGCCAAGGUGUUGCCCUGGUUGGCAACUGGCAUUCCGGCUGUGCGGCUCUCUUGGUUGCCUUGGCGAUAAGAAAAGUGUUCAAACAGGAGUGUCGGUUUCUGGAUAAGCGUGGAGAACGGAGACUUCCAGAAGCAGAUGUCUCAGUGUGUAGAACGGAGACUUCCAUAAGCAGAUGUCUUCGAGAGGAGGCGGCGACUCUAUCGCCACAUUGCCAGGUUCUCUACACUUUUUGCCUUGCAGUUUGUAGGCCUAUGUUCUUCUUUAGAAGAGAGACUUGAGAAUUUACUAAGGAAUUAUAAUGUGAAGCCUCAGGACAACUUGAAAUACCAGUGACGUGUAAAGUGGUGUAAAUGUUUGCAAUUAAAGGCUAUUUCGCAACCGCUGACAGUCUUUAAAAUAUGCAGGAUACACAUGAACACACACGCACACACACACACACACACACACACAAACAC